CCAGUAUUCCAUUCUAGGAAAAAAAUAAUUAAAAACUUUAAUCGGCUGGACUUCGAACUUCAUUAGAAGUUUUUCAUUUGUUUUAAUUAAAAUUGAUUUACCUUGUGUAAGUUGUUGUUACUUAAGUUAAUAGCACAAAUAACAAAAUGUCUCGCGUACUAGUCGGAGUCAAGAGAGUGAUCGAUUACGCCGUAAAAAUCCGUGUAAAGCCAGACAAAUCUGGCGUAGUAACAGAUGGCGUGAAGCACUCCAUGAACCCUUUUGAUGAGAUUGCCGUAGAGGAAGCAGUCAGGAUGAAGGAAAAGAAGAUUGCCAGCGAAGUCAUCGCUGUGUCAUGUGGCCCUGCUCAAGCCCAGGAAACCCUCAGGACAGCUCUAGCGAUGGGUGCUGACCGCGCCAUCCAUGUGGAGGUAGCUGGUAAAGACUAUGACACUCUCCAGCCUCUGCAUGUGGCCAAGAUCCUGGCUAAACUGUCCAAGGACGAAAAAGCCGAUAUUGUUAUCGUCGGAAAGCAGGCCAUUGACGACGACUCAAACCAAACCGCACAAAUGACUGCUGCCCUGCUCGACUGGCCGCAGGGUACCUUCGCCUCAAAAGUAGAAAAGUCUGACGCUGGUCUGACGGUGACACGCGAGAUUGACGGCGGUCUUGAGGUGAUCAAGACGAAGCUGCCGGCCGUCAUCAGCGCCGACCUCCGUCUGAACGAGCCCAGAUACGCCACCCUGCCGAACAUUAUGAAAGCCAAAAAGAAGCCCUUAAAGAAGGUUACCGCCAAAGACUUAGGCGUAGACAUAGCCCCCAGGAUCAAGGUGUUGUCAGUGGAGGACCCGCCCGUGAGGCAGGCUGGCUCCAUCGUCCCCGACGUUGACACCCUCGUCGCCAAGCUCAAGGAGGGCGGACAUAUCUAGAGAAUUCAGCAAUCAGUGUGUUCAUUACCGGAAAAUUAUAUUUAUACUGAGAUUUUGUAUGGAAAGUGUCGAUUGUAGAUUACAUGUAUAAAUUGUUAAAUAUACAUUUUAAAUCUGUUA